GUUGCGGCCGGGGGCCGCGACGCGGGCGCCGCCGUGUACAUCUUCUCCGAGUUUAACCGGUAUCUUUUCAACUGCGGCGAGGGCACGCAGCGGGCCAUGCAGGAGCACAAGCUGAAGAUCUCCCACCUGGACAGCAUCUUCCUCAGCCGGGUGGCCUGGGCCAAUGUCGGGGGGCUGCCAGGUAUGAUUCUCACAUUAAAGGCUAUGGGGCUUCAAAGAUGUGUUUUCCUAGGGCCACCAAAGCUGCAAAACUACUUGAAAGCAAUUCGUCUCUUUCCUGGACCCCUAAAAAGGAUGGAUUUAGCUGUGCAGUUGCACACAGAGCCGGAGUAUAAGGAUGAGACGAUGACAGUCCACCAAAUACCUCUUACAGGAAAACCACUAGCUGCUGAAAGUCCAUUGCCUCGGAGUCCUGGAGCAUCAACCCAAGGUGGAAAUAGCCCCAAAGGGGACACGGAGCCUGGAUCUCCAAGUGUUGCCCAGCAAAGCUUGGAGGAGGGCAAGGAAAAAGAAAGCCCAAAGAAAACAGGUUAUGAACAGAAGUGUCCCAGCAGGCAUCCCGAUCUGGUGAUGGCUUUCCUUUGUAAAAUCCACCCAAAGAAGGGAAAAUUCCUAGCAGCUAAAGCACAGGAGAUGGGCCUGCCAGUGGGAACUCCAGCCAUUCUUCCCAUAAUUACAGCUCUCAAAAAUGGGGAGAGCAUCACUUGGGAAGGCAGAGAGCUCUUCCCUGAAGAACUGUGCACCCCUGCUGAUCCUGGCCCGGUGUUCAUUGUGCUGGAGUGUCCUCAUGAGGGCUUUGUGGAUGCCAUCUGUGAAAACGCGACUUUCCGAAGGUACCAAGAAGGGCUUCCUGAGAACCAGGUGGCCUUGGUUAUUCACAUGACUCCAGAGUCAGUGCUCCGAGACAGCCGCUACCAGCAAUGGAUGGAAAGAUUUGGGUCUGGAACUCAGCACUUGGUGCUCAAUGAGAACUCCUCCGCUGUGCACAACGCACGCAGCUACAAGAUCCAAACCCAACUCAACCUCAUCCACCCUGAGAUCUUCCCUCUGCUCACCACCUACCAGAGCAAGGAGGAGGCAGCUGUGUGCAGCGUGCCCAUUGUGCGAGGAGAGUGCCUCUUGAAAUACCACUUCAGACCCCAGCAGGAGUGGCAGAGAGAUGCUGUGACUGUCUGCGAUCACGACGCGUUUGUAAGUGAAGCCUUGGAUCUCCCUGACUUCCAGACCCGUGUGAAGGAGUGCAAAGAGAGCCUGUCUUCUGUGCCAGGAAAUGUGGAUGCUUAUCCUGAAAUUGUGUUCUUGGGAACGGGGUCUGCAAUUCCCAUGAAAAUUCGAAACGUCAGUUCUACACUGGUAAACACCAGCUCUACCCGAUCCCUGCUCCUGGACUGUGGAGAAGGAACAUUCGGACAGCUCUGUCGCCACUAUGGAGAGCAAAUUGACCAAGUGCUGUGUAACAUAGUAGCUGUGUUUGUGUCUCACAUGCACACGGAUCAUCACUCGGGCUUGGUGAACAUCCUGAUGGAGAGACGGAGAGCUUUUGCAGCCCUUGGUCGGGCUUUCAGCCCUCUGUUUCUGGUAGCACCUGAGCAGAUCAUGCCUUGGCUACACGAGUAUCACAACCACUGCGAAGAGAUCCUGGGAGACAUCAAAAUGAUUCCUUCCCAGUCUCUCGUGAAAGGCUGUGAGAACAUCAAACCUAAAGCUAAAUGGUUUGUCAGCUCCCUGUUAGAGAGCUACGAGCUGGCAGAGUUUCAGACUUGUGAAGUCCAGCACUGUAAAAACGCUUUUGCAUGCUCAAUGGUCCAUAAAUCUGGCUGGAAAGUAGUCUAUUCUGGUGACACAAUGCCCUGCAUGGCCUUGGUACAAAUGGGGAAGAAUGCUACCCUGCUGAUCCAUGAAGCGACGCUGGAAGAUGGCAUGGAAAAAGAAGCAAUAGAGAAGACGCACAGCACAACCUCCCAGGCCAUUCAGACGGGGAUGAAGAUGAACGCGGAGUUCAUCAUGCUCAACCACUUCAGUCAGAGAUACGCCAAGAUCCCGCUCUUCAGCGAAGACUUCAGUGAGAAGGUUGGGAUCGCGUUCGAUCACAUGAGGGUCCGUUUUGGUGACUUCCCGACUAUCCCGAAGCUGAUCCCACCUCUGAAAGCUUUGUUUGCAGAUGACAUUGUAGAAAUGGAGGAGCGGAAGGAGAAACGGGAGAUGCGUCUUCUGAAGGAGACCUCUGUAGCCUUGGACAAACUGGCUGGUGGGGAGAACAAAGAAGCAUCGUGCCAGAAACGGAAACAAGCUAAGAACCAUCAGGAACUAUCAAACAAGAAGCUUAAAACAGUGAACUGAAAGAAGCAAGGCUGAGAAAGCUCUGCUCUGCAAGAGGUGCCUUGCUCUGGGCAGGGCCUGGGAGCGUGCGGUGCUGGGGGCUGCCCGUGGGCACCGUGGAAGGGGGUGGCCUCAGCACCUGGGGCUGCCUGGCCCUGGUGGGGCUCUGGGGGCUGAAGCUCCCACACGUGCUGUCGGCAGCGCCUGGCUUGGGGCAACAGUAUCUGCCCCUGCCCUUCCUGCUCCUGGGUCUCACCAAUCCAUGUGUCAUUUUUCUUUUAGCCAAAAGUUCUCUCCCAACUGUUUUAGUUUUUGGUUUUAUGGUAGAAGCUAUUGAUAGUGCAGCAACAGCAGCGGUGAUCUUUGCAAGAGAGCGCAUUUGAGAAGCCCUUGAGGGGCCGUGGAUUUGCCACAAUAAGGCGGGCAAGUCUCUGGGUCAUGAGGAAUGUACCCAGGCAUCAGAACCCAGCUCCCACGAGGAAACUUCACAAUAAAAUGGGACACAAUUUUUAGGUUACCUUAGGGAAGUGAAUACUGCUAUGUUCCCAUUUUAUUUUGGUUUUCUCAGCUGUGGGUUGUUUUUUUUUUCAUAAGAUCAGUUUUCCAAGACCUCUAGAAUCUGAAUAAACCACUCACCAUCUUCCAGGAGGCUGUGUUUUGUCCAGAUGGCUAAUGAAGACUCAGUAAGGGAGCACAGACACCUGAAUUGCUCCAGAGAAUGACCUCGGUUGGCUGUUUCUGCGUUACAGCAUUGGUGUAAAGACCAAGAUCUUGCUCUGUUCUGCUUGUGUUUGAUGCCAGCAAAAUCAUACCUGCCUCUGCCACCCUGCAGCCAGGAGUUUCACUUCUCUCCCUUCAAGCUGGUAACAACGUGGGGUGGCUUUUGAAUGGCUGCAGAACAGACAACUGAGAGUUUCCUUGAACAGAUCCCAGCCCUGGAUGCAGGGGAUGGGAGAGCUGGCAAAGCCGCCUGCUGUGGCAGGGCUGUGGUGAAGAAAAGUGUUUUCAAGGCUUUCUGUGGGUCAGCUCUGCUUCUUCCCUUACCCCUACAACAGCUGCAUGUGUUGGCAAGCAGGAGCAGCUGUGCUCUGUUUCAAUGCAGGAGCUCAUUUUCAGAGGGAAGGUGACAGUAUGUGCUUGCUCAGCAAAUAUUAAAGAUUUAAGAUGUUAUUUUAAGGCCAAGGAAGAUGAAGACACAAACUGGCAGCAAAGCAUCUUUUGUCGAUGAGCUGUGCUUUAGUAUUAUGCUUGUCUACAGUGGGAACUGGGUUGUUGGCACAGCUGGGUAUUACAGAAAAGGUCUGCUGGGCUUUGGGGAAUAGCAGGGGCUGGGGAAAGACCAAGCAAGUGCUUCUUGUGCAGGUGUGAACAGGACCCCAGUGGGGUGCCCAGGGGAGGGCAGGGGUAGAGAUGGGGGAGGACAAGCACCCUCAGCCUCUGCUUCUGUUCAUAGAUCUGAAGAAGAGUCUUUUAUUUAGAAAACAAUGAAACAAAACUU